CCUAUCUCCGUUUGCCCUCCAAAAAUCCCUUUCCCCUCUUCGCCUUCCCUCCGCUGCUCCUUCUCCGUCUCCUUCUUCCGCUGCUGCGGCGCUUCGUGCUUCCCGUUGCCAUCACCAUCGUCUCCUACCUUCCUGCAGAGAUUGUGGGAAGGAAAGGAGAGAGAGACGUACGUAUAUAUAGAGAGAGGGACAGAAGGUAGAAGUCGGAUCUGCGUCGCAUACUCUCAGAUUCGCCCAGUCGCUUAGUCGAUCGUCUCUAUUUACCUUCGCUUACUGCUGCUGUUAAUUUCUGGUUCAUUGUUCUGUUGACAAUCAUGGCGGGUUUGGCACCAGAGGGAUCUCAGUUUGAUGCUCGUCAGUAUGACACAAAGAUGAAUGAACUGCUUUCUGGUGAUGGAGAAGAAUUUUUUGCAUCCUAUGAUGAGGUUCACGAGACCUUUGAUUCCAUGGGUCUGCAAGAGAAUCUUUUAAGGGGCAUCUAUGCAUAUGGUUUUGAAAAGCCUUCUGCUAUUCAGCAGAGAGGUAUUGUACCCUUUUGCAAGGGCCUAGAUGUUAUCCAGCAAGCACAAUCUGGUACUGGAAAGACUGCAACUUUCUGUUCUGGAAUCCUGCAGCAGUUGGACUACGGCCUAGUUGAUUGCCAGUCCUUGGUUCUUGCUCCUACUCGUGAGUUGGCACAGCAGAUUGAAAAGGUUAUGCGUGCCCUUGGUGACUACUUGGGUGUCAAAGUUCAUGCAUGUGUUGGUGGUACCAGCGUGCGUGAGGAUCAACGUAUACUCUCCAAUGGUGUUCAUGUUGUUGUGGGUACUCCAGGACGUGUUUAUGACAUGCUGCGACGACAGUCUCUUCGACCUGACAACAUCAGAAUGUUUGUGCUUGAUGAGGCUGAUGAAAUGCUUUCCAGGGGAUUCAAGGACCAGAUUUAUGAUAUAUUCCAGCUGCUUCCUUCAAAAAUUCAAGUUGGUGUCUUCUCAGCCACCAUGCCACCUGAAGCACUAGAAAUCACUAGGAAGUUCAUGAACAAGCCGGUGAGGAUAUUGGUGAAGAGAGACGAGCUGACUCUCGAGGGUAUCAAGCAAUUCUAUGUGAAUGUUGAGAAAGAGGACUGGAAACUUGACACCCUCUGCGAUUUGUACGAAACGCUGGCCAUCACCCAAAGUGUCAUCUUCGUAAACACCAGGCGCAAAGUCGACUGGCUCACUGACAAGAUGAGGAGUCGAGAUCAUACGGUUUCUGCAACCCAUGGAGACAUGGACCAGAAUACCCGAGAUAUCAUCAUGAGGGAGUUCCGUUCUGGGUCUUCUCGUGUCUUGAUUACCACUGACCUCCUGGCCCGUGGUAUUGAUGUCCAGCAGGUGUCUUUGGUCAUCAACUACGACCUCCCUACACAACCGGAGAACUAUCUCCACCGUAUUGGUCGUAGCGGUCGAUUUGGAAGGAAGGGUGUCGCCAUUAAUUUUAUCACUCGUGACGAUGACAGGAUGCUCGCAGACAUUCAGAGGUUCUACAAUGUUGUCAUCGAGGAGCUGCCCGCCAACGUUGCUGAUCUGAUUUAAUUCAGUGAAAAACGAGCUGCUGCAGACUUGAUAGGUUUUUAUUUUUGACGCUUGAUUAUAAAGCUUUCUUUUUGUUUUCGUCUGUUUUUGGUGCGUUUCGAAGUACUGGACAUUGAGUAGGCAUGAGAUGAUGACCGGAUGGUGAUGUUUUCGUGUCGUGUUUAUUUUCCUCCUUUUAUGUUAUCAUUAUUAUUGUUAUUGUUA